CUACGCGCAGAGGCGAGGAAAGAGAGGUCGAUACCACCCACCCCGUCCAUCCAUCCAUCCAAGAACGCAGCGGAGGCGGAGGCGGAGGAGGAGAUCGCGAGGAGGCUGAGAUGAAGACGUUCGAUCCGUGGCCGGUGUUCUUCCGGAGGGAGUGGAGCCGCAACUGGCCCUUCCUCACCGGCUUCGCCAUCACCGGCUUCCUCAUCGUCAAGAUGACCGCCAACUUCACCGAGGAGGACCUCAAGAAUUCCAAGUUCGUCCAGGAGCACAAGAAGCACUGACCGACCAGGUGAAGGAACAGCUGCUUUCCUGUGGAACCGUCCGUAUCGUCUAUGUGGCAGGACAGUUCUGCUGCUGUUUGAAUGAAAUUGGUCCCCCUUCCUUUUUCUUUUCUAUCCAAAUGUGUGCGCUUUAUGUUCCAUCUGUAAUCUAAUAAGAGGCAAGUUGAACAAAAAAAAAAUCAGCUUCUGAUUAUGAUACUUCAAGUUUGAUCCA